AUGGACAAUCCAGGCUGGCACGCUCACCGUCGCGCCCAAAAGGAGGACGACGCAUACAACCGCGAGUAUCGCCACUCCGCCUACCAUCUCCCUGUCGAGGAUGUCGCCCCAAUGGAUGAGCGCUUUAUUGGCGGCUUCAGUCGCGACCUUGCCCCUUCUCCCCGUCCACCCGCCCUGCCCCCCAAGGACUACCCCCAUCCCGUCCCUCAUGACGAUGUACUUGCAUAUCCACAGCCGUCGCAGAGCACCAUUUCAACUUCCCAGCUCGCCGGCAUGAGCGCAGUCGAGAGGUCUCAGGUGCUCCGUGUUGCCAGAAUGGAGCCCCAUCUCCAGUUCAUGUGUGGUCCCUUGCUAAAAUACGAUACUAUAGAUGAACACGGAAUAUGGCACGGCGCUGCCCUCAUCGUCACCGCCGACAGUGGUUCAUUCUACGAGCCCCACUUUCCUAUGCUCACAUACUCAUGGGAUCCAGAAGCUCCAGUACCCUCCCAUCAACGACAGGCUACUAUGGACACCGUAUCUCAAACAAGCAGCCAGCUCUCAUCAGGUCUAAACGGCAAUGGAAGUCCAAUAGCUCCAUCCCGGCCAAGUGGGCUUGGUCCGAUCCACACCGCAACCUCUUACGAACUUGGUCCUCACCCCGCCGACCCCCAUUCUACCGUUUUGCCUAGUUCUCCCACUAUGGGUACUUUUGGUUUCGGGAACCGACCCAUUCCAAAUACAACUCGAUCUGCCAAUGGCUAUGGUUAUCGGGACGAAGAUGGUCUCUCAAAUAACCUCUGUUCCGAACGCGCAUAUGGCCAGGAACUCUGGGUAUAUGGUGGACAAGGAGGGACCUUCACUUUUUGGCGCUUUCUCAUCAAGGUACCCUUGGCACAACACGAGAUGAAAAUAACAUAUUCCAUAAACAAUGGCCAAAAUAUGGAUUUUUGGGUCCCUGGUAGAAUGCAGAAUAUGCGAUGGGCAGCUCACUCCUGCAACGGUUUCUCCGCAGGUGUUAAUCCUGAUGACUUUCGAGGUCCAGGGUUCAAAUCUGGCUACGACCCUGUCUGGAUGGAUCUUCUCUCCAAGCAUUCCGAAGCCCCAUUCCAUGCCCUUGUCGGCGGUGGCGACCAACUUUACUGCGAUGCGCUUAUGCGAGAGCCAGAAAUGCAAGAGUGGGUAUCUAUAAGCAAGCCCGAAGACAAGAAGAAUUUUCCGCUUUCAGUCAAUAUGGAACUCGCCAUUGACAGAUUCUUCUUCAACCAUUAUUGCCAGGCAUUCAGAACUGGUGCGUUUGCCCGUGCCAACAGCACAAUUCCGAUGGUGAAUAUGUGCGAUGACCACGAAUGCCCACAUCUGAUUCUCAUGAUGCAGAUCGACGGAUUUGGCAGCUAUCCGGAUGACCUUCAAAGAGCGCCUGUAUUCCGACAAAUUGGAGCAAGAGGAUAUUUCUUCUUCCUUCUCUUCCAGUGUUUCAUCAACAUUGACGUCGACGGACUACAUGACGCACCCGGCAAGCACGUAUAUCAGUCAGUGAUUAUCGGCGAGCCAGGCCCGUAUGUGCGCUUCCCAUCACACUCAUUCUUGCCACGGUUCGGACCCAAAGUGUAUAUGCUUCUCUUGGACUGUCGUGCCGAGCGUAAGAAGGACCAAGUUUGCUCGCCAGGAGAGUAUCAACGUGUGUUUGACAGACUGAACAACCUACCGGGUGGUGUGGAACAUGUCAUUGUCCAACUCGGGAUUCCUAUAGCGUAUCCGCGCAUGGUAUUCUUGGAGACCGCUUUGGAAAGCAAAUUCAACCCACUAGUGGCGCUCGGCAGGAAUGGGUCGAUGGGCCUUAGUGGAUUCGUCAACAAGUUCAACGCAGAGGCAGAACUUCUGGAUGAUCUGAAUGACCAUUGGACUGCCAGAAGCCACAAGAGAGAACGCAACUGGCUCAUCGAACAACUACAAAACUUUGCUCUGGUUAAGCGCAUCCGUGUGACCUUCAUUUCAGGAGACGUCCAUUGUGCCGCUGUCGGGGUUUUAAAGACGCUUAAACAGAAAAACAAACCGGAAGUGUCGCCGAAGGAGGAUUUCAGGUAUAUGGUGAAUAUCGUAACUAGCGCAAUUGUUAACACACCUCCGCCGAACGGUGUGAUAGCAUUGGUAUCAUCACUGGCAACAAAGGUGCACAAAACGCUGCAUAGUAUUGAAACUGACGAAAUAAUGGUACCUAUCUUUAAGAAAGAGCCUACAGGACAAUCAAGAAAGCAAAAGUUCAUCAUGGGCCGACGAAACUGGUGUCGCGUGGACUGGGAUGAAAACUCUGGAGAACUGAUCUUCGAUAUCCGCGUCGAAAGAGAAAAAGGCUACGGCAUCACGACAGGGUACCCUAUGCAUGUUCCUCCUCCUGGCUGGUAA